GCUCCAGUAUUUAUUGGAUGUGACAAACAGGGAGAAGAGAUUUCAGCGGGGCUGCUCGCUGCCCGGCUCAAGUGGUGGGAGAGCUCCUUCACCCGCAGCCUCUCUGACCAUCCCGUUGGCAGAGACCCGCAGGCCAUGAGGACCGGUCAAAGACAGUGAGAGGACGUGAAAGGGUAAAUCCCUGUGCCCCGCAGUCUUAUCUCCCGCCCUGACGUCCCUGCACACCGGCCAGAGGGUUAACCAUAAGCGGGUGCCUGUAUGGCCGCCUUACUGAUGCCACGCAGGAACAAAGGGAUGAGGACUCGACUGGGAUGCCUGUCUCACAAGUCAGACUCGUGUAGUGAUUUCACAGCGAUUCUUCCUGACAAGCCCAACCGUGCUCUGAAGAGACUUUCCACAGAAGAAGCCACCAGGUGGGCCGAUUCCUUUGACGUGCUUCUCUCCCAUAAGUAUGGGGUGGCUGCAUUCCUCGCCUUCUUGAAGACGGAGUUCAGCGAGGAGAACCUGGAAUUCUGGUUGGCCUGUGAGGAGUUCAAGAAGACCAGGUCAACUGCAAAACUGGUCUCCAAGGCCCAUAGGAUUUUUGAGGAGUUUGUGGAUGUGCAGGCUCCGAGGGAGGUAAACAUAGACUUCCAGACUCGAGAGGCCACGAGGAAGAACAUGCAAGAGCCAUCCCUGACUUGCUUUGACCAAGCGCAGGGCAAAGUACACAGCCUCAUGGAGAAAGACUCUUACCCCAGGUUCCUGAGGUCCAAGAUGUACUUAGAUUUGCUGUCCCAAAGCCAGAGGAGGCUCAGCUAGACCUCAGAUGGGGACUCUUGGAGAUCGCUGGCUUUCCCCGCCCCUUGCUGCCAAGACCAUAUUCUAAUGUGAAAUGUCAGGGGUGUUCUAAAGCACUGGUGUUUAGGUUGGGAGGCUGGGGUGAGGAGGGGCCAUUCCCAAAGUGUAAUUCAGUCACCAGAACUGGGAUUCUAUUUUAUUUACCUAUGAUAAUGUUUUGGUUAGUGGUAGCACCUGGCUGCACUCAUCCUUCCCGGGGUCAGCAACUUGCCCUCCAUAAUGCCUUGGGUCAUCUCCGCUGAGAAGGCAGAUUCUCUAGGCCGGACUAACCUGUAAAUAAUAGAAAUGCAGUUUCCAUACCUCCCAUACCCUCCUCCGUUAGGAUUCCUGACACUCUAACUUGUCCUAUACCCCUGUGAGGAAGCGUUAGAAGACUGGCUCACACCUGUGAUUUGCUAUCACAGUGUAACAGCCAGUUCCGGGUGCUGGGGCCUCACAGUUUAGGAGAGAGGUCUCUGUGGAAUCCCGGGUCUCUAGAACUAUCAUUGACAGGUGACCCCUGGGAGAAGGAGCAAACUCCAUGGAGUUGGCUGUUUCUUCCAUUUCCAUAGGACCAGUGCGCAAAGCUGUGCUCACUGCCCAUCUUCGUCUAGGAUAUUCACAAGACUCCCCUACCCUUGCAAGACCCUUCCAGAAAGGGUCUUGGGAGAUGUCCCUCACAGCUUCUGAUGCGGAGCUGCUAUUAAGAAAGAUACAGCUUGCCUAUCUUCCUACCUUCUACCAAGAAGUUUCCCAGAAGU